AAAUCUCUUCACAGGACUUCCUACUUCAUUUACUGCCACAAUUUCUUCUUUUGAGCUCAUAUAUAUUGCCUCUUCAAACCAACCGGCAUUGAUUUCUCUUUAGGCAUUCUCAAUGUCUAUCCUACCCCAACACAAGUGCCUUACGAGGUCCCCAACCCAUGUUCCAAACUAUCACCACUUAUGCCUCCGCAGACUUGUGAUAUGCUCAGCCACCACCACCAAAUCUAAGACCAAGCCAGCCCAGUUAGUUACUGAACCUAGGCUUGUGAACCCACCAACGUCAGUCACACCCAUCGCCCCUCCUGUGCUCAAUGACCGUAGCUUGCAAUCAACGUGGUCUCACCGUAUAUGGGUGGCAACUGGGUGCACUACUGUGCUUAUUUCCCUAGCUAAGGCCAUUGUGGCUGCAGCUGAUUCCCAUAUAUGGCUCCAACCCAUUUUAGCAGGCUAUAUUGGGUACAUUUUAGCUGACCUUGGCUCUGGGGUGUACCACUGGGGAAUUGAUAACUUUGGUGAUGCAUCAACACCCAUUUUUGGUGCUCAGAUUGAAGCAUUUCAAGGCCACCACAAGUGGCCAUGGACAAUCACUAGGCGUCAAUUUGCCAACAACUUACAUGCUCUAGCAAGGGCAGUAACUUUCUGUGUUUUGCCUAUAGAUCUUGCUUUUAAUGAUCCUACAAUCCAUGCCUUUGUUAGCGUAUGCUCUGGCUGUAUAAUGUUCAGCCAGCAGUUUCAUGCUUGGGCUCAUGGAACUAAGAGCAAGUUGCCGCCAUUAGUGGUGGCAAUGCAGGAUGUUGGAUUGCUGGUGUCACGUGCUCAACAUGCUGCUCAUCAUCGGCCACCUUAUAACAACAAUUAUUGCAUAGUGAGUGGUGUUUGGAAUGAAUUUUUGGAUCAGCAGAAGGUUUUUGAAGCACUAGAGAUGAUCUUGUAUUUUCAGCUUGGGGUGAGACCUAGGUCUUGGAGUGAGCCUACUUCUGAUUGGACCGAAGAGGUUGAAGCCCCUUCUCAAGUUACAGUACAGUGAUUCUUUUUCUUAUUUCCUUUCUUUUUUUCAGUUAACGGGUUGAAUUAAUGGAUUUAUUCACAGUUUUAUAUGAUUCAGCAAUCUACUAAGUGAAUAAAUAUGGUCAAUUCUGUUUAA